CGAGCAACAUAUGACUGUUGAAAAAUUGGAAAAAGAAAAUGCCUUCUUGUGUAAGAAAAAUGAAGAAAUUACUAGAAAGACCCCAACACGCUCAAAAAUCGAUCUUAAAGACGACAGUGACCGGCAAUCCUAUAGUGCGGAAAAGAAAACAAGUGUACAAGGAAAAUGUAAUUGCAAAAUAUUCAAACAAGAAUAUGUAAACGAGGCUCGCGUGGAGAAAAACAAAAGAAUAGAAGCAGAAAACAGAGAAUCUAAAUUAAGAGCUCAAUACAAUUCUCUUCAAAAAGAACACGCCACAUGUCCGAAAAAAACACCUCGAAUAAGCAAAUCGCCAAAUGCGAAAACGAAGGAGUUGUCCUUGGAAAAAGGUAACAGUCCAGAAUAUCAACUGGAAAUUAAUAAAGUUAAACAGGAGUUGGCCGGAGAAAGGGCGAAUAUUUCAAAAUAUCAAAUGGAAAUUAAAAAAGUUAAAGAUGAGUUGUCCAGAGAAAAGGCGAACAAUUCAACAAAUCGACUCGAAAUUAAUAAGGUUAAAGAGAAGUUGUUUAGUGAAACAGUGAACAGUAAAAAAUAUAAACUUGAGAAUGAGAAGCUUUUAGAGUGGAAAGUACAAUGCGAGAAACGCGAGACUCGACGUGCGAAGAAAUACAACGCUAUACUGGAAAAUGAAAUGCAAAAGGAUCUUACAUGCUCAAUGAAGGCUAAGACAACCGAGAAAGGUGAGACCGCACAUUCCGGAAAAACAAGUUAUAAGAAAAUCAUUGAUCGAUUAGAAAUAUUAAACACAACUAAAACAGAGGAGCUGCAAAAAAAGUCUCGUGAACUCAAGAAAUCAGAAGCAAAAGCACAAAUAAUGCGUGAUAAACUUUCUGAAGCAGAAAGCAUGAUACGUGAACUAAAUGAGAUCAACCAAACAUUAGAGCAUGAAAAAUGUGAACUGCAGAAAUAUAGAGCAGAUAACGUAAAUAAACUAGAAGAUUUGAAAUUGAAUUUUAACAAUGCAAAAAAGAACCAAAAACUCGAGCAAAUGGCUGGACUACAGCUGCAACAUGAAAAAUCUUUGGAAUAUGAAAAGAAACGUAUGCAAGAUGCCAUCGUUGAAUCGGUAGAACGUGAACGACAAUUAUUAGAAGAAAAUAAUAUAUUGCGUGACGAAAAACUAAGCGUGAUUACGCGGAUUGAACAUAUCGAAUCCCAAAGAAAACAAUGUCAUGUUGAGCUCAUCAAUACUAAACACGAAUUACAACGUGUGCAAGAAGAAGCGUGUACUCAAGUUGAACGUUUAACACGACAAAUAAGUAGACUUGAGGAAACCGUAGCGAAUUUACAAAGCGACAAGAAAUCUACCUUUAAAGGCCAUUUGAAUGUUUCGCAAAAGUUACAAGAAGCCGAGGGACAGAUAAUUCAGCUUCAACAACGUUUAAUGAUCCUCCAGUCUAAGGACAAUGACAUAAAUGCGAAUUAUGACACUAAAUGUAAUGAUCUUCAAAACCUGCUAGACAACAAAACUAGUGAAUUAAAAAUCACAACAGAAAAAUUGUCAAAUUUGACGUUGCACUCAGACACUCUUAACAAACAAGUUAAGGAAUUAACAGAAUCGUUGACACUUCAUCAACUAAAUCAAACACAACUUCACAGAAAGUCUAAGGAAGAACUUGUACACGUGUAUACAAAUUUAAAACAAAACAUGGUCGAUGCUGAAGUUAGCAUAAAAGAACAUCUAGCACAUGUGCAACAGAGUAUGGAAAGUAAACAAAAGGAACUUUUAGAUAAACUUAAUCAAGCAGAGGCAAACGUUAAUGAAGUGAAAGAGAGGCAACUAUAUUUGGGCAAUGUAGAAAAAAGUUAUAGAAAAAUGCUUGAAGAGAAGGACACCACUCAACAGACGUAUAAAUCAAAUCUUGAAGAAAAGAUGCAACAAAACCAUUUGCUCGAAGCGCAGAAAAAAGAAUAUGAAAACACCCUGAAGGGUGCUCAACAGCAGGUUCUUCGUCUGCAAUAUGAAGCCACGGAGCGUGAAGAACUGCUCAAUAGUUUACAGAAAAAUAUUUUACACUUACAAGAGGCAAAAGAAUCAGCCGAUGAAGGAGAAGCGCAAUUACAAAGACAACUAAAGGAAACGAAUGCGCAGAUGCAAAAAUUGCAAGAACGUUUACUGAAGUGUCAGUCAAAAGACGCUGCGGAAACCGCAACAUUGCAAACACAGGUGGAUGAUCUGAACGAGGAACUUAAAAUUAAAUUCGAUGAAUUAAAUAAUACUUUAAUAGAAUUGUCAAAGCAGAAAAAUGAAUCACAAAUGCUCAAAGAACAGUUCAACAGAACAAACGAUAAGUUGAAAUUUCAAACAGAGGCUAGAAAAGAAGAAAUGAAACAUAAGAAGGAUCUUGAAUAUUUUCAAAACAAGUUCCAAGAGGACGUAGAUGCUGCAUUAAUGAGAGUAAGACAGAAUUGUAGUGAAUUACAAACCGAUUUUGCCUUUAAAGAAAAUGAAUUGUUAGCUAAGAUUAGCAAUGCAGAAAGAAAAAUUCAACAUUUGGAAAAUAUAAGUAGUAAUUAUCAUGCAACUCGACAAGAACUUGAAAAAACAAAUCGAAAACACCAGGAACAUUUAAAAUCCUUAAGUGACAACGAGCGGUCAAUACAACAAUUACAGGCAGAAAUAUUUAAGAUGACGAAAGACACCUCAAGAUUACACGAACAUAUAAAAACAUUAACAGUCAGAGUAGAUAUAACUUCUGAAGAAAAUAAAAGCCUGCGACAACAACUAGAAACUGUUAUAAACCAAGCUAAAAUUAAUUUAGUCGAAAAAGAGAGGCAGCUAUCCGACGUGUUGAUUCAAAUUGAAGAACAGCGAAGAAAACACACAGAAGAAGUGAGGCAAAUUCAAAUCCAACACCAAAAUAGCAUUAAAAUUACAUCCGAUGCAAACUUACGCGAACAAAAGGCGCUUGAAAACAAAACAUUAUUAGAGGGGAAAAUUGAAAUGUUAGAAAAAACGAUUUUACAGAUAAAUGAUGACCAUAAGCAUAAGCAACAAGAAUUGAACACCCAGCUACAAAAUGCACAGGCUUGUGAGUUAAAUUUGACAACACGUUUAAAAAAACAAAGUCGUGAAUUAGAACAGUUAAGCGUAUUGAGAACAAAUCAAGAUUCAGAACGUAGAAUUUUCGAAGAAACAAUAGCUGAAAAAGAGCAUCAACUGAAACAAGCCAAUGAGCAACUUCAAUAUUUGAUUAAAGAAACACAAAACCUGAAACAGGAGCUUCUUCAAACAAAAUCGAAAUUGUUGGAGUCAGUUAAAAACAACGAUGCUUCAGUCAAGACCCAAAUUAAAACCCCGGAAGAUGACACAUUGUUACGUCAAGUAAAUCAAUUCAGAUCAAAAGAAAAACAAUUUGCCGCUGAGAUAGACCAGUUACGUUUCAAAUUAAAGGAAAGUCACAACGAAUUGGAGGAAACUAAAACAAGACUGAGUAAACUGAUGGGACAAAGGCUUACUGACAACAAUCCAAACAUCACAGAUCUAAGUGAUAAGAAUCGUCCUACAAAACUUGCGGAACGAUACUCCGAGCUGUACGACAACGAAUGGACGGAUGCUUUUGAAGAUCUUAAUUCAAUAUACAAUGAUGAGCAGAAAACUAUUGCAAUGCUGACAGUCAUAUUGACGGAGGCAGCAUCCUACUGCAGGCAUGAAGCAGACGGACAAAUGAUCAAUCUACGGAAUGUUCUAACUCUUCAAACUUCUUCGUCCUCAUCGCGGGUACAAGACGUCCCAGAUGUCAUAAAUAAACAGCUAAAGGAUAGUCGAAAAACUAUGUCAGAACAAGCUGGAAAGCAUCUUGUAGAGACAUACAUGCAGCGUUUACGACAACAAACGUCCGCCCCAGCACGCGACGCCCUGCGCGUGGAGACGUUCUUGAGAGAGGCAUUCACGUUGUGUUGGAUGAUGAGCAUACAGGAUCCACCUGUUAUAUUUGACCACCUUCUACAACAUGGUGAGAAAUUCAACACGGAAUUAUAUCGGUCUUACACCAAGGCAGGUCCGCUGGUUGAUUUUCCAGUGUGGCCAACAAUGUUCCUGCACGAGGGCGGACCCGUACUGUACAAAGGGGUGGCCCAGGGUUGUAACAAAUAAAUGAUCGCUGAAAUAAGCACGGAUAAUAACAUAUAUUUUGUGACCGUUUAUAAGAGCGUCUUGGUUCUUGAAUAAAUUUUAUUGCAUUAUUUUUGUAAUCAUGCGCAGGUUUACAGUGCGCAAUUGUAAAUGGUGUUUAAAAUAUAUGGUGUAUGCAUUUUGUAUCGCAAUUAACGUUUAAAUUGUAGUAACCAAAAAUGAUAAAAUUCGUAAAAUAAUCUUUUUUUAACUGUAAACAUUAUUCAUGUUAAAUGUAUGUGUUGUUAACUAUGAAAUAAUGUUCAAUUAGAUAUUUAUUAGUUAA